AUGCCGAUGGAUUAUAACGCUAUUAAAAUUGCACAAGCGAUUUCUGGAAAGAAUAGAAGCGCGCACCGACAAAGUUUCGCAGCCACUCAAUCUCGCAAAGCGAGAAAGAAACUUACGAGUAAUAAAUACAUUGAUGUGUGUUAAAAAUAUAUUUAUUGAGUCACAAUAUGUGCUAAGCUGUGCUCGUGAAUGCCUUGAAAUCACAUCACGGAAAUUCGAAUUCAAAAGCGGAUUUCACCUCUGUCUUUAUUUAGCGAUUCUGCUAACACAGUCUAAACAAAAGGUUUAACGAGCUUUUGACUUGCAAAUUUGAAUUCAAUAAAUCGGUUUACGCCGACUGGGUAAUUAACCUUAAUUAUCAAGUAAUCGAAAAAAAAACAUUCGAGCAAUAAUAUGGAUGAGGCUUAAUUGGAGGGGACACCUAGACUGACAGAGAAGCACCGGUGAUGGAAAGCGAUCUGCAGGAACUAAUUGUCAGAUGCAGUUGCUGGGACUUUGGUCAUGCAUAAGUAGGAGAGAUUUGAUAGAUAAGUCCAUAACGAGGUCAUAGUUAUGUUUAAUUAAUCCUUCCUGAGCUCACUGGAGCAUCGUAAACUAGCAGCACUCAAUUGUGUCGUCAGUUGGGUCUAUUAAAGUUAGCUGACUGACAUUGUCAUGUAAAACAAUUGGAGGUGUUGUGAAACCGCCGGUCGUGUGGACACGGUCGUUACCGCGACAGUGGUCGUGCUUGCUUGAUGUGAGGCUGGUGUUCACGCUCCUUUCUCGGCUUCGGUAUUCGACCAUUUUGUCCUGUCGUGCCUUUCUCUAUUGCGUUGGAAAGUGCGGUGGCCUCGGAUCACCGCUUUACACGCUAUGACUUCAGAGAAUGGAGCAGAGAGUAGUGAACUGGAGAGGGAUAUGUACUUGCCGUCGUUAACCGAUCAGGAACUUGAAGCGUUGGAAAGCCUUGAUCAAAGCAUAAGAAUUCACGAUGAUCAUCAUUUGAAUGAGGAUGAGGAAGAUAACAUAAGCCAAACCUAUAGUGGUGACUUUGCCAUAUUACCUUUGUCCUUUCAGCCUUUCAAACUCGCAGCGAUUCCCGAAACCCGCGAGUACAAACCUGAGAUCACCAGCUUGCCUUAUGGCGACGUGGACGAAGAGCGCAAUAAGAAAAUUAACGCAGGGUACAUUCUAUUUGACGGUUCUGAGAUCAAGUAUGUGAAUAAGGGCAAGAACACAGACUCCGUGCGUACUUCCGGCAGUGGAUCAGGCGGUUCGGACCGUGCUAGUAGCAUUCGUAGUCACUCAUCUACCAUCACACAGGCGUCCGAGAUUCCUGUAAACAUGUGUAUGAGCCUUGACGAGCUACUAGGACAGGAAUACCUGAAGAGUCACCCGCGCUGCUCUAUCACCCCCUACCGACGGCUACCCACAAAAGCGCACUUUUCUUCCUCAGAGAAGGUGUACUUUUUCCUGUUGGGUCUCGCCUCUACGGUUAUGUUUAAUGCUAUUUUCAUGAGUGUGGCCUAUUUCCAGGAUAUUCUUGGGGUCAAAGUAUUAUCCAUACUCGGCUGCUGUCACUACCUCUCCGCGCUUGGGGCAAUGCUUCUCGUCUUCAGCUGUAACAGACAUUGGUUCCCAUUCUUUCCAUCCAUAAGCGUUUGCCUCGUUCUCAUGACCUGUAUCAGCGCAGUCUUCCCGGCAUUCGCAGCGGCUGGCAAAGAGCUUCACGUGUAUGCCAUAUAUGGGCUUGUGUGUGUGAAUGGUCUAUGUACUGGUUUGGCCCAGUCAGUGAUCGAGAAGAUUGUCAUUCUGUUUCCUGGCGGCAAGAGUAGCUUCCUGGUCAGCUGGGGAGCAGGCGUAGGCUGCUUGCUGCCCGCUCUUGUGCAAGGCGUCUUGAUCCUGAUCAAGCGAGAAGAUUACUCUGACACCUAUAAUACGUUCUGCAUGUACAUAGUUCUUCCCAGCGCCGGAUUCUGCACUCUACUUGGCCUCAUCUCCGUCGCCAAGCUGCGACGCUGUGGCAUCUACGGCUUAUUCGCCGACAUAGACUGCGCGAAAUUCAGCCCAAAAUACACCACCAUCUCCUCAUCUCCAACGUUGACCAAAAAGCGCUUCAGACAAACGUUUAUCUACAUGGUCGCCGUUUUCUUAGUGUCAGGCGUUAGCUGUUAUUCACUAUCACUAUCCCCCUACAUGCACACAAAGACAUCAGAUCACAACGAUUCCAGCAAGGCAGAAUUUUGGAAGUUGUAUCUUACUACCGUACUUUUGGGACUUUAUCGAGUAGGGGACUUUAUCGGCAGCACGUUAGGAACCAUAUGUAGACGCUGUUGUGUGUCCACUACGAAAGCGCUCCGGGCAGUAGGGUACCUGUUGAUGUGCCUCGUGCGACUUGGCGCUUUGCCAGUCACUGUUUUGUACAUCUGGGAUCCAUUUUUGCUUUAUCAUAACCUGUUUCUCAUGGGGUUCUUCGUGGUGCUGGCGCUUACGAAUGGCUUCCUGAUGUUCGGCUUGUGGGAUCAUUGUCAGGCCGUGUGCUCUGUGGCCCGCAAGGAUUUGUGUCCUGUGGUCUCCCAGAUUAUGUGGCUGUGCGUUGGGUUUGGUUCUGUCAGUGGAGUUGCAGCCUCGUUUGUGCCAUUGUCCUAAACCAAGCUAGUCUGUGACUUUUUGAGUGGCAAACUUACGCCAGAAAACACAAAGCAAGGCCUGGGGGCGUCACGACAGAGAGCGACGAAAAAUUCUUUCAAGAAAGUAUAGUAUAUAGUAUAUUGCUGAGUUUCUCUGUUUUUUUUUUUUUUUUUUUUUGUCGUCAAAAGCCAGAGCGCGCGCCACACAAAAAUUCACGUGAUUUUUAAUUGCAAGCCGCCCAUUUUCCAGCGAAUCAUCGUUUUGAGAGGUUCAGUGGACCUACUUGCUACAAAACUCUAUACAAGUUAGACAUUCAUUAUGUUAGACAUUCAUUAUCAUCAUCAAGAGCUAAAUCCGCUUGAAACGCUAUGGAAUUUAAUCCGUUCCAUAAUGAAAACGAGCUAAUUAUAUUUAUUAAGUAUCAUAUAAUUUACAGAAAUUACGUCCCAUGAUAAUCCAAAACAGAAAAUGAUUUGCUUUUGCUCCGACGAAGGGCUAACGCUCGAAACGUCAGCGCAACCACUCUGUUUCACAGAGGUGUUUAACAUACCUUUUCAACCUUGUGCUGAUUUAUACCUGGAAAAUGAUAUUGUCAGGCAAGUUGAAACAUCGGAAUAUGGUAAUUAUCGGCCAACGAGUCACGACGUAGCAAGCACGGGGGACAUUUCUCGCCAAACCACGAAGCAAAACCUGUUUUACUGCUAUCUUACUUUGCUUAAUUCGUUGUAGUUAUUUAGAUAUAUUCCGUGUUUAAUAGAAAAGUUUUGUUUUGAAGUUACCCUAGCCUUAACGAACUCAUACACAUCAAAUGACAUAACUUUAGGAAUAUAAUAAUUUUCACAAAUAUAUCUAUUGUACUUAACUUAGCUUAAAGCUAGGGCCCUGGUUUUAUUUUGAGUAAUAAUAAAAUGGAAGGCUUUGGGGUCGUCACAGUAAUAAUGGUCACAACUUUCCGAAGGCAUUUAAAUGUAGAAUUAUGCAGUUGAUAGACCUGCACAUAUUACUGAACGUUGAAUAAAGAUUGUUAUUUUAUGUA